AAUUUUUUUUUUUCCCCUCCCCUAUGAAGCUAGAAUUUUAUUUACAUUUCGUUAUUUCAGGCUGAUUUAAAAGUGGUAAAUGAUGCUAAAGGUGGAACUGUAUAUAAAGACCAUUUACCGCUAUUGGGACAUGGGCCUGGAAGAUCUGGAAUUCAUGGCUUUCAAAUCGGUGAUAAUGUAAAUGUUGACUUAGAUUUGGAAAUAGUGCAAUCUUUACAGCACCGCCAUGGUGGUUGGACAGAUGGCAUGUUUGAAUGCCUUGGAACGACAGGAACUGUUGUAGGUAUUGAUGAAGAUUCUGAUAUUGUGGUGUCAUAUCCCAGUGGAAACAGAUGGACUUUUAAUCCUGCUGUUCUAACAAAAGUGAAUACAACUACCACAGCUUCAUCCUCUGUUUCAGGCGAUGGUGCUUCUAGCCAACAGUUUGCAGUUGGGGAUUUAGUUCAGAUCUGCCGAGAUUUAGAGCGUGUUAAAAUAUUGCAGCGAGGUCAUGGAGAAUGGGCAGAGGCUAUGUUGCCUACUCUGGGGAAAAUUGGCAGAGUUCAACAAAUCUAUCAUGAUAAUGAUUUAAAAGUAGAGGUUUGUAGUACCUCAUGGACUUACAAUCCUGCUGCAGUUACUAAAGUAGCUUCUGAUGGAGCAAUUCCUGGAACAUCUAGUGGAGAUGCCAAUCCACAUCUUUCUGUUAUUGAUAAACAUGUUUUCCUCAGAGGUUAUUUAGAUGGUGAAGCUAAACGCCUUGUUGAUGGAAUUAGUGUAAUAGGAGACACCUAUGAAACAACAAAAAAAUUGUUGGAGGAAAGAUAUGGAAAUAAAGAUCGAAUUAUCCAAUCACACUUAGAUUACUUAGAACAUUUAAAUGUUAUUCAAGACCCAUCUCCUACGCAUCUAAAUGAUCUUUACAUAGAAUGUAACAGAAGAAUUCAAGCUUUAACUGCUCUGGGUGAAAAUAUUGAAGCAUACGGUAGAAUCCUAGUGCCAAAAAUUAUUCGUGCAUUCCCCAAUGAUAUUUGUUGCCGCUGGAUUAUCUAUGCCAAGCGUGAAAAACUAAACGAAGGUAAUAUUACUAGAUUGAUGCAGUUCUUGGCAGAAGAAGUGGAAGGUGUAGUUGCAGCACAAAGAGUUAAAGGACAUUGGCCUCAAUAUUGUGAAACUGUUACAGACUAUGAUACUCGUGUUCAGAAACUUAAAACUUCAAAUCGCUGCUUUCUGUGUACUAACCGUGGUCAUAGAGUUUCAAACUGCCCAAGAAAAAAUACUGCACGGUGCACUAAAUGCAAGAAAAGGCAUCAUGUUUCUAUUUGUCCUCCUGUUGAAAACAAUCAACUGCGGAUAACUAACAGUGCUGUAAAUCACAUAACCUUUCCUAAAACAAUUUUCACACAUUUGCAAACUGCUCGUGUGUAUGUUACUGGCCCCACAGGCAUUACUAAAUUAACACGCUGCAUUUUAGAUGGUGGUAGCCAAGCAAGUUUUGUUCACACAAACCUCAUUGAAAAACUUAAGCUUAAAGUUGUCAGUUCUGCCUCACUUUCAGUUCAAGCAUUUGAAUCUUUUACUUCACAAGAACAACGUAGAUGUGUUCAACUGUCACUUUCAAGUUUGUGGAGCAACCAAGCAUUUUUGAUCUCCGCAUUUGAAAGCUCCAAUUCCUAUACUACACAUCCUACUGCUCCACCAGAAAUAGUUCACUUUGCUCAGAAGAAAAGAUUGAGAAUUGCUGAUCCUCCGGAUGACUCUUCACUGCCCAUAGAAAUACUUAUUGGUGGUGAUCAUUAUUGGCAAAUUGUUUCCACAGAAGCUCCAAUCAAGCUUUCAGAAUCUUUUGUUAUGGUACCGUCAGUGUUUGGAUGGGUUCUUAGUGGAACAAGAACACAUACUACAAUCGCUGAGAAGACUUCUGUCCAUCAAGUUUGUGUGCAAGUUAAAACUGAUUGUUUAAAUGAUCAGGUACGUCGCUUCUGGGAAUUAGACUCCAUAGGGAUACAAGAUGCGCAGAAAAACGAAAAUGACUACUCGAGAUGA